AUGGGUAAGUCCGGGAAGCCUGGAUUGGCUAGGAGCUUAUUCGAGGAGAUGGUGGAUUCCGGGAUCGCACCAGAUGAAAAGACAUUGACAGCAUUGAUCAAGAUUUAUGGUCAGCGAAUGGAUUUCAUUUUGUAUAAUACAUUUUUGAGUAUGUGUGCUGAUAUUGGAUUGGAGGAAGAGGCUGAGAAGCUUUUUGGGGAGAUGGAGGGAUCAGAGAAAUGUAGGCCUGAUUGUUGGAGUUACACAGCAAUGCUUAAUAUAUAUGGGAGCGGAGGAAAUGUUGAAAAGGCAAUGGCUUUGUUCAAUGAAAUGUCCAAGGUUGGUUCUCAAUGUCAUUGGAUGUACGUGUUUGAUUCAAUGCCUGGGGAGGCAAAGAAAACCAAUGAUUUGGUUCGGGUGUUCGAUACAUCAGUUAAGGGAGGGGUAAAACCCGAUGAUAGGUUGUGCGGGUGCCUGCUCUCCAAUUUAUUAUAUUGUCAAGGUGAGGAUAUGAACAAGCUGCUAAACGAAAAGAGCACUGACUUAGACAUUGUGAAAGAAGAGUUCAGAAUCAUACUCAGAAACAUGGCGGCUGAGGCCAGGAGACCCUUUUGUAAUUGUUUGGUUGAUAUAUGCCAAAACAGAAAUCAUAACGAAAGAGCUCCCGAGCUCCUGUACAUGGGAAUUAUCUAUGGAGUGUAUCCAGGUUUGCAUACCAAGAGCUCACAGGAGUGGCGGCUCAAUGUCCAGUCACUAUCAGUUGGUGCAUCACACACUGCAUUCGAAGAAUGGAUGAGUAGUCUAGCCAAAAUCAUCCAACGCCAAGAGCCACUGCCCUUGCUUCUUAUGUGGAGAAACUUGCUGCUCAUUUUAGAGAGGGUAAGGCAGGAUUUCUCAUUGCAAUUCGAGAAGAUCUACCAUCAGGGCUGCAAUCAAAAGGAUGUUGAGUAG